CAGGACCUCUGUUGCCUCCUUCAGAUACAUCGCUCCACCACGAGCGAGGACCUGUUAUUGCUUUUCAAACACGAUGAUAAUGACAGUACGACUCCAGCAACCACAACGCUAGUUGUAGGUAGGACGUGUGGUGCAACAGAACAUACCAGUCCCAGUGGACGAAUUACUUAGCUUCGGAUUUGGCAUCCAUCUUGUUGAACCCGGUAGUAAGUGCUCAAUCAUCAAGAACCAUGUCUUGGUCGAUACGCGAAGACGAGGAGUCAAAGCGUGAGUUUUUCGAUGACGAGGAAGCCCUGCUGGCAAAAAUAAAGUACGUCGCUUCCCUGUUAAAAAAUGCCAAGCACGCGAUUGUUUUCACCGGAGCGGGGAUCUCCACGUCCACCGGUAUCUCGGACUUCCGGUCCGGCAUGCAAACCAAAUCGCCCGGCGGCCCAGGGUUUUGGGAGCGCCAGGCCGAUUACGAGCGGAAAACGCGGGGCGCGCGGAACGAAUUUACGAAGAACGACCCGCAGAGACCCAGAAUCGACCUCGACGCCAUGCUCGGGAAGCAGCCAAGCUACACGCAUUUUGCGAUCGCGAAGCUGGUAGAACUGGGGAUCGUGAAGUGCGUGCUGUCCCAGAAUGUCGACGGCCUGCACCGGAAAAGCGGUAUCGUCAACGACCACGAGCUCGCAGAACUGCACGGCAAUCUGCUUGUCGAGUUCUGUCCGAGGUGUUUCCACAAAUACGAGCGGAAUUUUCGUGUGGGGCCAAACCCGGGCAGGGCGCACAAGACGGGGAGGUGGUGCGACAAGUGCGGGGAUGUGGAACUGAAGGAUAACUUAGUGCCCUUCGGCGAAGAUUUACCGAAGCACGAGACUGACAAGGCCUGGCACCAGUCCGACGUCGCCGACUUCUGUUAUGGGAUUCUCAACUGUUACAUGAAUUUAUCAUGCAAGAACAGCAAAAGUGAACGCGGGAAGAUUGCGCGCUUUGCAUUACAAAUUUGGAAAAGAUUCAGGCGGUGUUUAGCCCUUCGAGAAUUUGUCAUGCGAAACACCUUGAUCGUGUGGCGGCUUAUGGUCAUUUUGCAUGACAAAUCAUGUAACAGUUGAGAAUGUAACGUUUGAGAACCCCAUAUCUGUCUCGCUCUCGGCAGCAGCCUAACCGUCACGCCGGCCUGCGACUACGCCGGGUGGGUGGGACAGAAGAAGAACUACGCCGGCGAGAAUCAAAAUUCGCAUCUAUCACAGUGAAAAAUGCCCCCCACCCCUGAAAUUGCAAGAAUUUGUGAUGCGAAGUUUCCAGAUGAAAGCUUUUUGUCAUGCAUGAAAGGAGUACGAAUCUUUCUGAUGCAGAUGCUAGUCGUGUUUCGCAUCGCUUGCAUGACAAGCACCGCUCUUGCUGGGAUCUUUUGCAAUACAAAUUUUUGCUAUUCACGAUCGGAAAUCUGUGAUGCUGAUACACGCAAGAGGGCGGAUGUUUCAUUUGGAAAGAUUUGCAAUACAAAUGCUUUCAAGUUCGGGGGUGGGGGCAUUUUUCAUUGUAAUAGCAUCUGGUUAUCGUGAACCUGCAGAACACGCCCUACAAUCACCACGCCACGGAAGUGGUGCAUGGCUAUUGCGACCGCGUUAUGGAACUCUUAAUGAAAGAAAUGAGUGUCCAGAUCGGUAAGAGUGGGACCGAGGCACCAAAAGUCUAAACGUCUGCUGUCGGCGGGUCGUAGGUUCAGCUAAAACUCGAAAGUACAAAUGAGUGUGUGCCAAUCGAUGCAAACCUCAAAAGACGAAUUUUGCCCGGGUGUUUAUUCGUAUCCUUUGUGCAGAAUUCUAAGCGCCAUUUUGAUCGUUCUGUCGUCAGACACGCCAAUUCCAUUUCCAUUGCUAUCACAGUCGUUCCAUAUCCAUACCACCGUUUCUAAGUAAUUUAUUCACACCAGUUAGUAGCUGCAGUACCUAUACCUACUGCGCUACCUCGCGACUGGGCUAAAGCAAUCUUUGUGCAGACGUAUUGACGCGAACGCGAUCGGACACAAAAUAAAAAAUCCAACAAAAGCCAUAAAGGUAUGUACACUCACUUUGUCAUUGAUGUCUGUCUCACGUCACUUGUACUCUAUGCGCCUAAUUCGACGCAAUUGAUACGCUGAAAAUAGAAGAUUAGUAGAAGUUGACAGCUCCUUCGGAGUAUGAAUAUAAAAGGCGGAAAAAACUAGCGGUAUUAACGAAACUCGCUUGUCCUGAAGUGCAAAGUGAAGGUGUUACUUCGUCCAGUUUGUGGCGCAGUGCGUUCUGUACUGAUUGAAUACUUUUCUAGUGUGGGGAUCGACCACGGAUC